AUGGAGAGACUUCUGCUUGAAAGACAGUGGCGUAUCCAUUUGGGCCAACGUGAGUUAUCGGAGGCGAGAGUUCGGAAUGCGGUGUUGCCUAACUUCCUAGACUGGAUAUAUCAUGAUAGGAGGCGCGGGAUGAGUUUCCACUUCACCCAAAUCCUCACGGGACAUGGAUGCUUUAGAGAUUACCUGUACUAUAUUGGGAGGGAUGUGACCAGCCUAUGUGCACACUGCGAAGCGGGGAUAGACUUUGCUCAGCCCACUUUGGAAGAGUGUGUGGCCUGGAGGGUUGAAAAAGCGGAGCUUAAACGGAUGGUGGGGGACGACUUGACUCCAUCUUCACUUGUGAGAGCAAUGCUUGAGACCGAGGAAAAUUGGACGGUUGCUGUGUACUUUGCCGAUUCCGUCAUGUCGCAGAAGGAGACGGCGGAAAGAAUUCGGCAGGCUGCUGGUGCUGAAAGACAUCCGGUCUCCUUACAGGGAUGA